CAAACCAGCGCGAACGCACCAGUGCAGCCACCCUUAUCGUUCGCUCGCUUGUUGUUGUUGUUGUUGUUGUUGCAUCGCCGCCAUGAGCCGCAGAGACGACGAAGACAUGGACCCCAGGUCCAAGCGCGCCAAGGUGGCGGACGACUACGACCACCACCACCGCAGCUCCUCAUCCAGCAGGCGCGACCGCGACAGGGACGACGACGACGGUCGUGAUAGACGUGACCGUGACCGGCGUGACAGGGACAGGGACAGGGACAGGGAAUAUCAUCGCAGCACCAGCACCAGCAGUAGCCGCCGUGACCGCGACCGUGACCGUGACCGUAACCGCGACCGUGAUCGUGCCCGUGAUGAUCGUGCCGACCGUGAUGACCGUAGCCGCAGAGACAGGCACCGCGAUAGGGAUGAAGACCGCGACAGACGCGACAGAGACAGAGACAGGGACCGCGACCGUGACCGCGACACGAGGGAGAGCCGUGACAGGGAGCGUUCGCGUGACAAGGACGCAGAUAAGGACCGGCGCAGCCGUGACCGCUCUCCAAGUCGUGGAGGUGAUACGCGCAAGAGCAGCGGGCUGGCCCCAUCGUCAGCGACAACAGCAGCAACAACUACAACUACAGCAACAUCCUUAACGAAGAGCAGCACGAGCGACAGCAACAACGGCACAAAGGUGCCGCUGUCACUUGAAGAGCUGCUGGAGAAGAAGAAGAAAGAGCGUGAGGAGAAUGCAAAGCCAAAGUUCCUGAGCAAGAAGGAACGGCAAGAGGCGGCUCUCCGUCGCCGCCAGGAGCAAGUCGCCGCACAGCGGGCAAAGAUGGAGGAACAGCGCAAGGAGCGCGAGCGCCUGGACCGCGAAGCCAGGAUGAUUGCACGCGCGGCCCGCCAUUCCGAUGGCAACGCGACGGCUGCGGACGCCUCUGCCGGUGCAGACGACAGCGUGGACAAAGAGCGCGAACAGGAACUGCAGGCCAUCAAGGACCGGUACUUUGGGAAACACACGGAGAAGCGCAAGAUUCGCCGCAUGAACGAGAAGAAGUUUGUGUUUGACUGGGAGGGCACGGACGACACAUCUGUGGACCAUAACCCACUGUACAAGGAAGUGCACGAGGCGCAGCUGUUUGGCCGCGGCCACCUCGCCGGCAUCGAUGUCUCCUCCCAAAAGAAGGAGAAAGGAAAGUUCUACGAGGACAUGCUUGAGCGCCGUCGCACCGAAGUGCAGAAGGAACAGGAGGACCGCCGGCUGCGCAAGUUGCGUCAGAAGAAGCAGAAGCAGCUGUUUGACGAGCGCCACUGGUCCGAAAAGCCGCUGGCGGACAUGACGAAACGCGACUGGCGCAUCUUCCGGGAGGACUACAACAUCACGACCACCGGCGGCCGGAUCCCAUCGCCGCUCCGCUUCUGGUCAGAAUCCGGACUCGACCCGCGCAUCCUCGAGAUCAUCGACGACCUUGGCUUCAAGGAGCCUACGCCGAUCCAGCGUGCUGCGCUGCCCAUCGGCCUCACCAACCGCGACAUUUGCGGCGUUGCGGAGACCGGGUCCGGUAAAACGCUCGCCUUUGUCCUCCCGCUCCUCCAGUGGAUCCUCUCCCUGCCAAAACUCGAGCGCGAACAGGACAUUGACAACGGCCCGUACGCGAUCAUCCUGGCGCCGUCGCGCGAGCUGGUGCAGCAGAUUGAGGAGCAGACGCGCAAGUUCUCGGACCCGCUCGGCGUGCGUACUGUCGCCGUCAUUGGCGGUGCGAGCAGGGAGGAGCAAGGGUUCCAGCUCCGGCAGGGGUGCGAGGUGGUGAUUGCCACGCCCGGCCGUCUCAUCGACGUGCUUGAGAACAGAUACCUCGUCCUCAACCAGUGCACGUACGUCGUGAUGGACGAGGCUGACCGCAUGCUCGACAUGGGCUUUGAGCCCGCCGUACAGCAGAUUCUCGAACACGUCCCCGUCACAAACCAGAAGCCAAACACAGAUGAAGCCGAGGACGAAGCGUUUCUGCUGCAGGACAUCAAGAACAAGAACAAGUACCGCCAGACGGUGCUGUUCACAGCCACCAUGCCGCCCGCUGUCAUGAAGCUCGCCAACACGUACCUGCGCCGCCCAGCCACCAUCCGUAUUGGCACCGUCGGCAAACCCGUCGACCGCGUUGAGCAACGCAUGAUUCUGACAACGGAGCAGAACAAGCGCAACGAGCUUGUGAAGAUUCUUCGCUCCGAGCCCGAGCCACCCAUCAUCAUCUUUGUCAACCAGAAGAAGGGGUGCGACGUGCUGGCGCGCUCGCUGGAGAAAAUGGGCUACCGUGCUGCCACUCUCCACGGCGGCAAGGGCCAGGACGUCCGUGAGCAUGCGCUUGCGAGCCUGAAGGAAGGAUACAAGGACAUUCUCGUGGCAACAGAUGUGGCCGGUCGUGGCAUUGACAUUCCGUAAGCG